CGCUCCGCCUGGGAGCUCUCACACACCCUUAUUCUCUCCAACCACCAAACUCACCCUUGGAAUAUCACAUUUCUCACUUAUCUCAUCGGUGCCGAGGAAAUUCGCGACGCGGUCCGGUUCGUGAAAAUUCGUCCGCCGUCGAUUAGCGCCCUUCGCGAGUAGUUCUUACCCACUCAAUGUGUUCAUAUGUUUUUUUCUCCAUCUCAGUGAAUCCGAAUCUGUUUUAGAAUGUGCCCUUGUGUUUUUCAAUUUUUCCCCGAGUUCCUGACUCGACCGAUCGUUCUGCUGGCUGACCGUUCCAGGAAAUACUCGUAGGAAAACACAGAUAAACAAACCAGAGCAUGCAACAAUCAAGGAGAUCCAUGAACAAACCCUAGGAGCUCUGAUCAACGAACUGAUAAACUGCUGUAAUCAAAAGCAAUAUGCAAUUAAUCUUUGGAACGAAUUACAUAGUGGACCAUUGAAGAUGAGCCAAGAUGACCGCUCCAAUGGCUGACUGCAGCUCCAAAGACGGUAACAGCGAAGAAAGUGAGGAGGAUGAGGAGAAAGAAGCUUCGUCCAUCCAUCGCCACUGACUCGCCUGCAACCAUCGGUCUUGUUCAAAUCCGAAUCAUGUGACUUUCGGAGAUAAUUUUUCCUUUCGCGCACGUUUUAGUGUCCGUUGGUUUCGAUUUGUAUGUGAUUUUUGUUCCGUUUGUUUUCGUUUCCUUUUCGGUCAAGCUUUUUGUUUUCGUUUUGUUUUUUACCGCGCUCGCGGUCGUGAAUUCCAGUGCCAAAUCCGAGCGACGCCGCGAUUGUGGCGUUCGCUCUCGCGUGUAAAGUGUAGCGUAAGUGUUCGAGAAUAUAUUGUAUCAUUUUUACAAUAUAUAUCCGAUUGUAUAUUGUACAUACGGUUACUACUACGGUUCUUACGGUAGUACUCCUGUCUAAUUUGCCUGCUGAUCCGUCUCGUUCGAUGAUGAAGUUUCAAAGCGUUCUGUGAUUCUAUUUUAUUUCUAUCCCCCUGUGUUCAAAUUAUUGUUUUAUCGAGAGGAGAGCUCGAUCGAACGAUUCGAGUCGGUAUUUGUGCGAGCGUGGUUCUGAUUGGUGCGCGGGACAGAGUUAGUAUGUUUUACGGUCCGGCGCCAUGGAGUUCUGCUGUGGCCGAAUCCUCGCAACUUUCGGCUUUGGUUCAAACCGUUCGGUCCGGGAAAUGUCCUCCUUCGACAUUUGGAGUGUCUCAGCCAUGAAACCACCUUUUUCCUCUUGAACUUUCACUGGAUCCAGUUGACGAGACCACUUCUCGACUGUAUCUGAAAAAUGGUGGACCUCGGUGGAUAUGUCAUCAUCUUGGUGGAGACUAAGGAUAAAAAAUGCAAAUUAUACGGAUCACCGGCUGACAGGUCAGACUUGGAAGUCGGAGAUGAAAUUUUGGAGGUCAACGGCACAACAAUGGACGACAAGGCGUAUGCAGACGUCAUGUCGCACAUUUAUCAGUGUAUUCGAUCGCGGACGAUUUGCUUACGAGUCAAAAGGCGGACCGGAAAUAGAUUAGCUUUGGAUUUAGCGGCGAACAGCAACGUUCAAGAUGCGUUCGUUAUCGCCGUCGAGCAAAAGGCCAGGGAGCGACUCGAGAGGCUCGCUUUCCUCAAUCGCAUCAAACCGGUUGAUAUGACAAAACUCUCCCUCCAGCUGAAUCAGCAGAAUACAGCUUCGGAAACGGUGAAAAACGUGAACGGGUUCAUCGAGAACAAAUCGAUUUACGUGACCAACUACUCCAAGGAUUUCGGCGGGACGAACACGGUGAGCCAGUCGAAGGCGUUGAUCGGCUCGAACGCGUCGGCGCCGAGCGAUUCCAGCGGGACAGCGAGCAUCCGGGCCAUCGGCAACGGGCACGUGGUCCACCAGCAGAGCAGCACCGACGAGACAGAGAUCGAGCUCAAGCAGGAGAUCCCUCCGAUCGAGCUGCCCGACGUCCACGCGACGCCGUUGAAUUCGUGUGAUACCACCAGCAGAACUCAUCCCCCCAGUGUUAGUGAUAGUGCGGUCCACGCGCGUGAUAGUGCGGCGACCCCGGCCUCAAGUGCUACAAGUGUUAGUGAUACGAGUCGUAGGACUCCCCCGCCCCAACCCCCUCCGUCCUCGGCUAGGACUAGUGGUGUAAGUGAUAACGCACGGACGCCUGAAAGAAGGCCCAGCUCCCCUUUCGUUAACGGUCGCACCGAGGUUCUUAUCGGCCAGGAUGCUGCCAACGAGAAAAUAAGGACUACUGCCGUCGUAGAAAACCAUCGCGUCAACCUAUCGGCUUUGGACUCCCCUAGUGCCAGCAGGCCGCGGCGACGGAGCGGUAGCAGCAUCGUGGUAGUGGACACGGAGCCGGUGAAGUUGCCGGUGCUCCCGGUGGACGAUGGCGUGGACGGCGUCGGGGUCGGAGUCGGCGACGCCUUCGACGACGCCAACAUGAUGAUGGUCAUGUCCUCCCUCGACCCCGGACCCCAUCGCGAGAUGGCGGUCGACGUUCCCGACAGCUUCAUCGCCCGCAGCAAGACCCCGCCCCGCUACCCCCCGCCCAGGAUCCACAACAGGGUCCAGAAUGGAUCAGCGAAACCAGUUCCACCUCCCCGCGACCACCUGAAAUUGGAGGAUGGGCGGCUCAUCACCCGAGCCCCGGCGCCCACCCCCGCCCCCCAAAUCCCGGCCAGGGCCCCACCACGAGGCGUUGCGGAAGCGGAAAGAGGAGGAAGAGCGGAUAGCGGCCCAGAACGCGUUCCUGCACUCGACGCUGCGGGGCUCGCGGAAGCUGCAGGCGCUGGAGAGCGAGCCGCCGCUCAGCGGGGUCGUCAACGACGGCUACGUGGACGACGAGCCGCUCAAGGGGGAAGAGGACGCCCCGACCCCCGCCCAAGGGGAGGAGGAGGAGGACGAGGACCAGGAGGCCGACGACACCGGCGACGACGACGACCGCGAGUACCACGACACUCUCCAUAAAGUAAUCGGGUAUGGAGAUCUCAUAGCCUCGCUUCAGCGGUUGCAGCAUAAUCUGAAAAAGAACGUGAACCAAGGUCAUGGGUAUGGUUACAGCAGUCUAGAGGUCCAAGUCGCAGCCGUCCAAACUCUCCUACUCAGCGCCGAGUUCGGAAGAGCCCUAGCCAUCCACAACAAAGUUCAACAAGUUUGGUCUCCUCAUCGCAAGCAGACUAUCCAACCUGUUUCAUCUCACUCGCUCACAUUAGUUAGAGAAUGUUUAGAAAGUUUAGAACAGAGUUCGCAGCCUGAAGCUUCAGAACUAGCAGAUUUACUGACGAGGUAUGAAGUGGAAGGAUUACUAUACGCACAUGAUACCAUCGCUCGGGAUAUGACCAUUGACCGAAUCGUCUCACCAUCACAAACCAAUAGCUCAAGCGUCACAUCUCAAGCGCAGCCAGUCCAAGAUGUAGAAUUAAAUGCCAAUAUCAAAAUUAUUAAAAUUGAAAAAACGAAUGAGCCACUGGGUGCUACCGUUCGGAACGAAGGUGAAGCAGUUAUAAUUGGUCGUGUUGUACGCGGCGGAGCAGCUGAGAAGAGUGGGCUGUUACAUGAAGGAGAUGAAGUCCUCGAAGUGAAUGGAAUAGAAAUGAGGGGCAAAUCUGUGAACGAUGUUUGCGACCUUCUUUCUGGCAUGAGUGGGACCCUAACUUUCCUCAUCGUACCCAGUAUCAAUCGAGGGAGCCGUCAUGUCCAGCAACCAGUUUGUGAUACCAUUAUGCAUGUCAAAGCUCAUUUUGACUAUGAUCCAGAAGAUGAUCUUUACAUUCCGUGCCGUGAAUUAGGAAUUAGUUUUCAAAAAGGCGAUGUCCUGCAUGUCAUUUGCCAGGAUGACCCAAAUUGGUGGCAGGCUUACCGAGAGGGUGAAGAAGACCAAACCCUUGCGGGGCUUAUUCCUAGUAGAUCUUUCCAGCACCAAAGAGAAGCCUUAAAACAGACAAUAACAGGAGAUAAAACUAAUAAAGAUAAGAAUAAGAAGACUGGAACCUUUUUGUGUGCAAAGAAACAUCAAAGAAAGAAAAAGAAGAAGUUAUAUAGUUCAUCAGAAGGAGGUUAUCCUCUUUAUUCAACCAGUGUAGAUGAUUACAAUAUUGAAGAAAUUCUAACUUAUGAGGAAGUUGCUUUGUAUUUUCCUAAAUCCGAUCACAAAAGGCCUAUAGUCUUAAUUGGACCUCCAAAUAUAGGAAGACAUGAAUUACGUCAAAGACUAAUGGAAGAUGCGGAAAGAUUUGCUGCUGCAAUUCCUCACACAAGUCGUGCCAGAAAAGAUGGAGAAAUAGAUGGCCAAGAUUACCAUUUUAUUACUCGUGCUCAAUUUGAAGCUGACAUUCUCUCCAGGAAGUUUGUUGAACAUGGAGAGUAUGAGAAAGCAUAUUAUGGAACUUCAAUUGAUGCCAUCAGGUCUGUUGUAAAUUCAGGGAAAAUCUGUGUGCUCAACUUGCACCCUCAGUCACUCAAAAUUCUUCGAGGUUCUGAUUUGAAGCCAUAUGUUGUUUUUGUAGCUCCUCCAUCUUUAGAAAAAUUGAGGCAAAAGAAAAUUAGGAACGGCGAAGCGUACAAAGAGGAAGAAUUGAAAGAUAUCAUUGAGAAAGCCAGAGAAAUGGAGGACAAAUAUGGUCAUUUCUUUGAUAUGAUUAUUAUUAAUUACGACACAGAAAGAGCUUACAAUCAACUUCUUGCAGAAAUCAAUAACCUUCAACGGGAACCUCAAUGGGUCCCUGCAUCUUGGAUUCGAUCCACAUGAGGAAUACUGACACACUCUUUACCAAACCGCAUUUAGCUUUCAUACACAUUUAAACAAAUUUAGUCAAUCAUGUUCUCUUCUCUUAUUUUUUCUUGUGCUUCAAACGCUGGAAAGAAGAGAUAAAUAUUUUUUACCUUCGGCAGAAAAAUGCAUUUGGAACCAACAAAAUACAUAGAUCAAGUAGAGUGUUAUUUUUUUAACAAAUGAAAUAAAGUUUGGUUCCUUCCAUAAAAUUCUAGUAAGACUUUUUUAAACAGACGACUGUCACUUAAUAGGUAUCUUGGUCCUCGCAAAAAGUGAGCUCUCCUAAGAAAAAAAGGAAGAUUUUUAAAACUAUAGAAUUUAGGUAGGGUCCCCAGAAAGUUAGAAAUGUCUGAUCAGGUUGUUCUUGCACUUUGUUUAAUGCCUACUUACACUUGUAUUUAUUUAUUUUUUUAAAAAAAUAAUCAUUUGUUGAUUUCUGGGAAUGAAGGCAAUGAGUGACAAUGAGUUAUUUUGUGCUGUAACCUCAUCCUCUUGAAAAUACAUCUGUAGUUGUCAGUAAUAUAAUUGUUUAAAAGUUUUGCCUUUAUACAUUCAAAUAUUUGCCCUCAUUCUCCCAUUAAUUCUGGAAGCUCUCUUUUGCUGAUAAUUUAAGAGCAUUAAUAAUUUCAGUUCUAUUGAAAGAAUUUAUGAUGGGAUCUAAAAAUGGGCUCAGUGCAAUAUGUACAUUUUUCUUCUUGUGGCAUUUCUUAGAUCCAUGUAAAGUUGAAAAAAAAAGAAAGAAAAAAAAGCAAAGCUCUGUGAAUUUUUUUAUGGGUGUGAAUUCAAUCAUUCCAAAACUUCCAAGAUAACUUAAGUCAGUUAGAAAUUGGCUAAAAUUCUUAUAUUUUGCCAGCGGAAAAAAUUGCCUAAAUCAAGAGUUUCUAACAAGCAAUGAUCAUCUCAAUAAAGAUGACUGUUUGUUUUAUAGUAAUCUACAGGUAGCAUUGAGAAGUGCCUCUGAAAGUGAGAUAAUAUACAAUUUAAUCAUUUACUACAACUUUUUGCGAGAGACUUCAACUGGAUUAAAACUGUUCUGAAAGCUCAUCUACUUUGUCCUAUUCGAGCUAAAAUAAUAGUAAUUUCUCAGUACCUAUUUUAUAGUAGGGACAGCCUAAUCUAGAUUACAAUCACAAAAAUAUGUGUUAGAUAGUGUCAAAUUUUAGAUGUUUCUCAAAAAAAUUUUAAAUUUGUCAAAUUCAAGUUAGUUGCAAUAAACUAGUUCAUAGUUGAACAAAUAGUUAUUAAGCGGAUCCUUUUUUCUGUAAAUAUUAGAGGUUGUAAGAGUUUUACUUCUUCUUGUUACUGUCUUUGAAAUACCUCUUCGACAAGUAGGUACAUUUUUCCAGUUCGUUAAAUAAUGAGGUCUUCAACCCUUUGAAACUGUACACUGUAGCAAUGUUGUGAAUCCAAAUAAUUCUGAAAUAAAUGUCCUGGUGAGAAAAUUCAUAACUGUACUUAAUAAGGGUCAUCUUAAAAUCUUUUACGUACAUAUAGCUCUAAAUUAUCUUGGUAUCAGAUGUGCACUAAGUGCCAAUAUAAAUUGACAGGAAAGAUUCAAACGUAUAAUUUAUUUCAGCAAAGCGUCUACACUACACCUAUCUACCUACUGAAAAUUUCAUCAGGUUCAUUCAACUAAAUUUAAUUUUAUAAAUCAUUCAUUGAUGGAUUUUCUGUGAAAACUUUUUUUGUACCCUUUCAAAUUAAAAUGACCGCAAAUGUUUCAGAUUCUGAAUAAGUUAAACAGAGAGUAGGUAGGUAUGUAAGUAUGCAACUUAAAAUAGAUUUCUCUAAUUUCUUUCAAUUUUGGGGAAAACCUCUUUCAAACUCUGAUACUUUAAAAUAUGUGCCAAAAAAUUGUGUUUAAAUAGAAAACUGGACUUUUCCCUGUCCUUUUACUGGACUAAAUACUCAAAAUCAAAGAUCCAAAGAUAAGGUUUACUAUUCAUCUUUUCCCUAAGUUUUCGAGUUGUGUCAGCUCUUAAAAGAGCUGCUUAAAUACUUGCACAAAUUAUUUAUUGCAGCUUCCUCAAGUAGCUCUAAACCGUGAUUUUAAAGACCAAAUUUUUCUGGAAAAGUUUCUUCUCUUUUCUUUUUUGCCAUCAGAAAUGGUGAGUCGGUCAAGAAAAAUAUUCAAAAACUAGAAAUGAGCUAUUGGAUAGCAAUAAUUAAGUUACUUCUUUGUGCAGAUGCAAUUUUACCCACGUGCCCGAAUACCUAGAACAUCCUAACCGUAUCUAUCAAGUGUGUUCGAAUUUUUAAUCGCAAUAGCCCCUAAAAUCAUCAAAGCUUCAUAAAUUUGAGCUUAGAUAAAAAGUCACAGGUACUGACAUUCAAAAGGGAUUCAUCAUGAAUAAUUUCAAUUAUCUGUCUUUUGAAUGAGUAAAAACACUGACCUUGUUUAGAUACUUAAACAUUUUGAAAUUUUAAACACGUAAUUGAGAAGAGAGGUUCAAUAACUGCAGUAAGAACCUUUUCAACAUUAAAUUUUGGAUUUCAGUUCAUCAAAAAACAUAAGUGCACCAAAGAAAACACAGAAAGAUUUUUUUCUUUUUACAAAGGAUUUUUGAAGUUAAGAAUUAGACUUUUUUUGUUUGUUUUGUUUAUCUAACUCAUUUCAUCUGCCAUAAGGCAUGUGCUCCCAUUACAUCAGAACUUAAGAUUUUAAGAAAAAUGGCCUAAAGAUAGUAACCUAAAGUAUGAGAGUCUUACCUUAUGCUUACCUUUACCUCCUCAAAAGUUUUUACCCAGUACAAUGUAUUACUCUCUCUCAAAGAGACCUAAGUAGACCCUGCUCCACAUAAGUUUACCCGUUUUAUAUGCCUGCCCUGAUAGCAAAAAAGUAAGCAUAUUAAAAGGAUAAGCUUAUCUGAAAGGGUGUUCAUAAACAUCGUUUUUUCAAAUACAGAGAUAAAUUUAUGAAAAGUAGGUAGGUAUCUAAUCAGUUACAAACUCGAUGUACUGAAUGAAAUCACAUAUACAUAUGUCUGUUUACGCAGAAAAAUAUUGCUUCCCCUUAUUGUUGUUAGGUGCAUACUCAUAACAAUUUCCUACAUACCUAUGUGUUAGUUAAAAUAAAGAAAUGUAUCGAACAGUCGAAAAAUUGGGGAAUAUCCAACUAUUAUAGAAUUACUUACUCAUAAACUUUAAAUUGAAGUAAGUUUUAGUGGCAACUGCCAAGGAAGGAUGAACAAAAAAUUUGAUGUUAAACUGCUCAAUUACUAGUGAUGUAGUUUCAUUAAGUCCAGUUUUAAAUGUUAAUUGUGUAUAGUUUUAAAGUAUGAUGAUAUAGGUAUCUAUUGUAAAUAACUGAUUAAAAAUUACUAUGUUAUUUUAUCCUCGAUGUAGCUAGAAAGCCUUCUUUAAUUGAACGACUCUCUUUCUUUUU